AUGGUCUACAACCACACCUACACGCCGUCCGCGCCCAUCGGCACCACGACGCUCGGGCACGGCGUCGACCCGGACGACUACUCGACCUUGGACGACUACCAACUGCCCAUGCGCCGCCGCCUCGAAGACGGGGAGAGCCUCGGCGUGCUCGGCCUGGGCUCGGGCGACUUGAACUUGUUCGAGCGCGCGGGCUUCGUCGUGCCGUUCGACUGGGAGUGCCAGACGGGCACGAGCGGCGGCGUGUACCCGUGCCCGAACGGCAUCCCUUCGACGUGCCGCGCGAACACGGGCGGCGUGUCGUCGGUGUGCGCCAAGUGCUACUGCGAGGUCGGGAGCCACACGUGCUGCCCGUACUACAGCGAGAACAACACGUACUCGGAAGACGGCUACUGGUACGGGGGCUUCGAGUGCCCGUCGGCGCUCCUCAGCGGCGGCGAGCUCGUGACGGACUCGGCGGUCAACUACUGCGAGGUCGGCGACGCCGUCUCCGCGCUCUACGACGACGGCGAGUCCUACUCCGCGAAGGUGUCCGAGGUGACGGGCAGCGACAUCACCGUCACGUACUCGGACGACGACACGUCGACCUACGACCUCACGGAGUCCGGCAACGUGGUCUGGGGCAACCAGUGGUGGAACGACCCCUACGUGUCGCAGUCGUACAUCAACUUCAAGGUGACGCGCUACGAGAUGGCGGACGCGUUCGGCGUCGAGUUCUACUCGACGGAGGGCGACACGCUCAAGGUCUUCUCGACGGGCGACGUGCACUUCAAGCCGGACAACGCGGAGCGCACGGUGUACAUCAACGAGCAGGUCGAGUACGAGUACGAGACCGACAUCGACCGCCGCCUCUCGACGGCCGAGGCCGUGCUCGGGGACAUCGACCUCACGCUGCCCAUCGACCAAGCGCGGCUCGUCGAGGCGCGGUACCGCCACAGCAACACGCGCGGCGGCUCCCAGAAGCCCGCGGCCGCCUCGGAGGUCCCGAGCCCGAAGGGCGAGCCCGCCGCGCUGAAAGACGCGCCCGUCAACAAGGCCCGGCGUCGCCUCGGGGGCCGCCGCAACUUCAUCUCCGCCGCGGGGUCGUUCUCGUUGGGCGGCGGCAGCAACCGGGCGGGCAACGACUGA